AAGUAAAACUGUCAACGUCUUCAUUACUAUGAAUGGACGAGAUCAUGCUUCUUAAUUUUUAGUUUCAUUUUCGUACUAUUACUAGUGGACGUACUCUAAUAGCACCGAUUAAUCCCUACUUUAUUAUUAAUUUAUUAAAUCAAAUAUUAGUUGAACAUGUAUAAAUCGACCGUAUUUCAUUUACUAUUUCUGGCAGCAGCCAUUGAAGUUGCGCUUUCUUUGAGAGAAGGAGAUUGUGAAGUAUGCGUGAAGACAGUCGAGAAGUUUGCGGCCACGUUAUCAGAUGAUGUUAAAAAGGAUACAAAAUCUAUCGAAGCGGAGUUCAAGAAAUUUUGUAAGGGCACAAAGAAUAAAGAGAACAGGUUCUGUUACUACUUGGGUGGGCUAGAGGAAUCCGCCACCGGAAUUCUCGGUGAGUUGUCGAAACCAUUAAGUUGGUCAAUGCCUGCAGACAAGAUCUGCGAGAAACUGAAAAAGAAAGACGCUCAAAUCUGCGAUCUCAGAUUCGAUAAACAAAUUGACCUGAAGAAUGUUGAUCUGAAAAAGUUGAAAGUGCGUGACCUGAAAAAGAUUUUGAACGACUGGGAUGAGGUUUGCGACGGCUGCAUUGAGAAGACAGAUUUCAUCAAGAGAAUAGAAGAAUUAAAACCCAAAUACAUGGGUAGAUCUGAAUUGUAAUAUAACCUAAUAUUGUAGGUAAAUACUAAAGAAUUGUCACAUUGUGAUAUCAAGACUCUAUGUUUAGCUGAGCAGUGAACUCUGAGCAAAUAAACAAAUGAAGCAUUUUACAAACAGUAAACUAGUGUACCAGUUGCUGAGUGUGUGUGCAUGUGAUUAAAUAAAUUAUUAAUGUAAUUAAGUAAAUAUUUUUUCCAUA